AUGUGUAUUUCCGUAGCUUCUUUUACAUCCUUCUGUUUGUUCUUCGGUUCAGGCUUUAGGGAAAACAAAUUAUUAAGCGCGCCCCAGAAUACAGUAAAUCCAAUUAUAGAGAAAAAGAGAGUGGUUUCCUGCGGCAUGUGUGAGGUUGACACUACCAAACUUUUAGAAGAGCUGCGAAAGGUCAAAGAGAACCUUUCGGAAGUUAUAGAUGAAUGCAUUUUCCUAGAGAACCAAUGUGAAAUGACAGAGAAACGACUAAAAUCAGAACUUUUGGACCGCGACAAGCGCAUAGCCGACAUAUCUUCUGCACUGAUGGAAAUGGUGAAAUAUACUUCACUUCUGGAAAGGCAAGUCAUUGCAUCCGCGUUCACGACUUUGGGCUCAGCCAUGAAGCGGGCACCAGCGAUCGACAUGUGCCGUAACAUAUCCCUCAGAGAAGUUGCUUCGGCUGUUAGGGAGCGGGGAGAGUCAUCAGGUUCUCGCAGCUCUGCCAAAAGGAAAACUCGUAACGGUGCACUUUACAGUGAAGCCAAAAUGGCCGAAGAGAAAAAUGCCUUUCUGCUUUCCGUAGACGAAGCUUGUGCUUUAGUUAAUGGACUUCUGAGGGAGAAAGUUAACCUUGCCGCUAAAAUCGGCGAAGUCGCGUUUCACGUUAACAACGCGAUUGCGAGAGGGGAGCGAACGUCGCCAGCACUCCCAGAUGCAUCCUCGGAGAAUGUGGACGACCUGCACCAAAGUAUACUCAACUUAACAAAACAGUUAAGUGCAUGCGGAAACGAGGGGGACGAAGAGAAAAACCUGAAACAGGUGCCAUCACAACAUACGGCGGAGACGGAGGAACCGAGACAACCGCAGGGACUCAUAGCGGAGAAAGAGGACAACACCAGCAGGCCGCAGUCGCCCAGUCAAACACAACCACCGGCGGGGUUGGCAUCUUUAGGUCCUCAUAUUUUAGACAUAAGCCGUAGCUCCCUCCCCGCAGUUAGCAUCACCACACAAAAGGGAGAAGGUGAGUGUGGUGAUAUAACAACAGAAUCACUUGUCAAGAAGCUAGCGGCCGCUGAGGAAAAAUGCAUGGCAGUAGAGAAGCAAAGUAGAAGGGAACGGGAGGAGCUGCACGCGGAGCUGGCGUAUUUGAGGAACUCAUCUAGAGAGGAGAAGGAAGAGUACAAUACACUCAUUGAGCGCUUAACGGUUGAAUUGGAAAUACUAGUUGCAGAAAAUGCAGUGAUGCGGAAGCGGAUUAAAGGUAGGAAACACUCCCGAGAUAAAAUCGAGUAA